GACUAAUGUAUCGUAGCUAAACGUCAUUCCCAACUUGACGUUCCCAAAUCGUUACAUUGGUAAUAAAUCGCGAAACAACAACAACAAGAACACCGUAACAAAAAUAGCUUCAUGAUUUAUUUGCAGAUUGUCUGAAUUGAGAAGUUAUCAAUAGAAAAAGGCUGACAACUUUCCUGGGCUUCAAGAUGGAGACGUCAUUCAAGGUUGGUAACUACGAGGUUGGAGAGGAACUGGGAAGGGGAGCUUUCGGUCAAAUACACAAAGCUUAUUCUUUAGGUCGAGAUCCGGUCAGGAUCUGUGCGGCUAAAAGACUGUCCGCAGAGUUGGAUUACCAAAUGAAUGAAGCUGUUGGAGAACUGAACACAUUAGAAAACCUUCCCAACCAUAACCACAUCGCACAACUUAUCGGGCACGAGAUAGUCUCUACACAUCCUUCUUGCAUUUGGCUUUUUCUUGAAUUCUGUGACGGGGGAACUCUUGGCGACUACGUUUUCCGCAACCCACAAAAUGUUGACACAAAACGCCAGCUGGCCGUCCAGUUGGCGGAUGCUGUGGCGUUCCUCCAUAAACAGCGAAUCGUUCACAGGGAUCUGAAACCGCAGAACUUGAUGAUAAAAGACAGGACCGAGUUCCCAAUUUUGAAGGUAGUGGACUUUGGCCUUGCAACCGUUUGUACCCAUUUAGAUCGGGCUAGGGUUCACGACUACUUUACAGGGUCCGUCAUAGGAACGCCCUUCUUUGUCGCUCCCGAAGUCCAGUCGGGUCAUGAUCACAACUGGACCACCGCGGUUGACGUGUUUUCUAUGGGGCUUGUGAUUUGGGCCAUGUUUGACAAUCUCAAUGCCGCCGUCAAUGCCAGAGACGAUCCAUACCUCGCCCCUUGUGUCAGAGGUCCGUCAGGCUAUCCAGAGGCUAUAGGGCAUUUUCUGAGGCGAGGCGAAACCGUAGACCAAGACACUGUGAUGAGUAACCAUCCUAAGCGCCGGAACCUUGUCUUGAGGAUGAUAGACGCAGACUACAACGGAAGGCCUACUGCAGAUGAAGUCUUCAAUAACCUGAUGGUGAUUGAAGACGAAAGCGACCAGGAGUCUUACCAACUCUCGGAGACAACUCCAAUUGUAGCCACAAGUCAAAACGAAGGAGAAACUAAUUCAUGCUGCAAAAUACCAUUAACAAUCUUCUCAAUCUUGCUGUACUGCCUUAUUCAGCUUCUGAAACCAGUUGUCCUAGUUAUCAUCACCAUCCCGUUUAUGAUUGCCUUGAUAUUGCAAGCAGUCUGCGCUCUCGUCACGUGUUUCUUCUGUAUUUGCUGCAAUUAUAAUGAUAUCGAAUGUGUAACCUACAUUUUAAAGUUUAAAAUGGUUCCGCCUGCUUUUGAGUGUUAUAAGAACAUCUGCUCUCGAGUGGUGAAUUUUUAAAAGUCGUUUCCACCAUGCAAAUGACCAAAACUUGCUUUCUCCAAACUGUUUUAAAAAGGGUGGUGCCUUAACCUCUUUUUUUUUGGGUCGUAUGGGCCGUGGUUUGUUACCUCCACGGAAAAUGGAGUUAGAAUAGAGUAGUUUUUGGUGUGUCUGCCUGUGUUUCUGGAUAUUUGUGGUCAGCAUAUCUUUAUAACCG